UGGCUCAAACGGCGAACGCCGACUGCUUCCUCAUUGGCUCGGCGCAUGCGUCGCUCAAACCAGCCAGUUUCCAGAAGCGUAGCCGCCCACUUCAAAGAUGGAGGACGACAUCUCAGAUUCGAGCCGACCACAGAUGUACCUGUUCGGUUGCACCCUGAAAUCGGACAGACGCGAGUACAAAGUUGACGUAGGCGACGAUGAUACGGAGCAGCAGCUGUCACUCAAGGCGGUGUGUCUGGGAGCUGAGGCCGAGGAUAACUUCCACAUGGUGGAAGUCGAGGGCCUCACAUACGAUGGAAAAACCACCAAGGUGCCACUUGUUGUCCUGAAGCCGUCCGUGCUGCCCUCUAUGAAUUUAGGCGGAUUUGAGAUCACUCCUCCCAUCACCUUCCGUCUGCAGUCGGGCUCCGGACCCGUUCACAUCAGCGGGCAGCACUUUGUUAGUGUGAAGGAAUCGGAGGACGAAGAAGAGGAGAACAACUCGUCGCCAGUGAAACGACCAGCAAGCCUGAUGUCAGGGAAGAAGCCUCCGUUGAAAAAACUCAAGAUGGAUUCCGAUGAUGAAGAAGACAGUGACGAAGAUGACGAUGAUGACGAUGAAGACGAGGACAGUGAUGAAAACGUUGCGAAGUCUCCGAAGAAAGUGGGAAAAGAGCUGGAAAAAAGGCGAGAAUCUUCAGCAAAGAAGCCCAACAAGACUCCGGUGAAACAAAAUGGCCCUGCAGGGAAGCCGUCGGGAUCUGCGGUCAAACCACAGAAGACACCUGCACCAGGCAAAGACAAACACCAGGCCGGCCCGUCCAAAUCUCCCUCUCUGCCCGAGAUUAAGAACAAGUUGUCGACAGCAGCCAAGGAGGGGAGACCUCUACCGAAGUCGGAGCAGAAGUUCGAGAAUUACGUGAAGAGCUCUUUUAAAAUCUCCGACAAAAAUGUGGUCAAGGACCUCUGGAGUUUCGUACAAACACUGAAGAUUGAGAAGAAGUAACACACAAAAAAACUCGUACCCCUGACGCAUUUGUAUGUUUUGGACCGUGCAGGACAUUUAAAGGCACAGUCGGCAAGAUUUCCUGCUCGGCCGUGAUUUUUUUGUUUCGUCAUUGCAAACGCUGAAUCGGAGGAAACGGGGAGGACCGAGCGCUGAACAAGGGGUGAAGACGUUAAUGAUUCGAUGUUUCGAUCUAAAGCACCUCCCCGAAACAAACUCCACAUUUUCCACACACGCUACUUUGUCACAUGUCAAUCUGCGCCAACUACAGGAAAGGAGAAUAACAGCACCGUGAAUUAGGAUCUGUAGAUGUCGGUUUCUCACAAUUUUAACACUUUUUUAAACACAAUUUGAUUUAUUUCAUUUUAACACAGGUUUUAAUAGUGACAAUAAAUGUAAUUUUUUUGGUAACAACAAAGUUUCAAAUUUUCCUUUUGAUCUUAUCCCCUUUUUUUGCCCCAGAAGAAAAAUAAUUGUAUGUUAGGUUUGCAACAGUAUUAGUAUUAAUGGGGUUUUUUUCUACCAAGAGUCGCCACUGAUAAAAAAAUAUACAUCAAAUCCAAUACAUGAAGUUGCUAAGAAGCAGAAUAUAUGUCCUUAAACAGCAGCUAUAAAAAAAGGAAAAGAGGAGUUGGUAACUAGAACCCAACCAAUUUUUCAUAUCGGCAAACACGAAGGAAGAUACCAAAAUGUCUGUGAAAGCCUCACAUUGGGCCAACCGAUAAAUCGGUCAAACUCAUUAACCACGCAUAUAUAGUACAAGAGUACAUAAAUAUUGUAUCAUCAAAUUGCAGAUACUGGUUGUGUCCUUGCCUGUAGAUGGCGUCUGUUCGUGUCUACAUAUCACUUCCUUUACCUGUUGGUGGUGGUCGAUGCGUUGGCCAUGUGGGCUGAGCCUGGUUUCAGGUGCUUUGCUUGCGAGACACCCGUGUCCUCCUCCUCGUUAUCGUCAAUACUGCAACAGGAGAUUUUGCAGAAUGUGCCUUUAAAUAUCUCUGCUGUCAACUGAUCUGUAAACCGGAGUCCCAUUUUGUGUGAAACUGAACAGUAAGAGUUAAGACGGCUGAUAGAGAGGGGCGUUUUUUUCUGUCAUCUGUCACUGAUGAUAUAAUUUUCCUUCGAAUUUUUUUCUUCGUUGUUUUUAAUCAUCUGUGUGGAUUUACAAAGCAUUUUUACGCUUGCAGCCAUGCUUACAGACUGUACUGUUCAUUUGUCUGCUCAAGCUCAUUGUACAGAAAUCUCUCUCUUGAUUUUGACAUGCAAUAACUGUAUUUAGAAAUUUUAGUUAUUUACCUAAGAUUCAACUUUUCUGUCCCCUGCCACGAUAAAACAAAUGAGAUAAAUGAUCUAACACGUCUAAAACAUUUCACUUAAAAACGGCGAGGUCCGUAUGUCUGCAAGGACGUGUGAAGUCGUGACCUUUCUUACGUUUCAUAUAUUCAGUUUUUUAAAAUAGUUUUAAUACAAACGUUUCUGGGCUUACAUUAGGGACAUGUAUCUUAGGUUGUGGAAUACUAAAUACUACAAAACUGCUGACUGGGUCUAUUUCACGCGGCAUUUUAUUUCCUUUCAAAGCGAAUUAGCAUCUGUCGUAACGUGUGAGAGUAGUAAUUACAGUGGUCACGGCCAAAUAUCAUCUGUAGCUAAAAAAAAAAAUAACUAAGUUCAGUACACACACACACACACACACACACAUACACACAAAUCUCAAGAGUAUUAUGGGCUCUAUAAAACCGACACAGAUGUCCAGACAAAAAGUAAAGAAAAGAAAAAAAGAACAUAAGAAAAGUCGACUGUUAACAAGCCCCCAGGAGUGUAUUUACGAGUUGGCACUGCUGUCGUCGUAUUAACGUUCGCUCCAAUUCAUUAAAGAACAGAUAGCAAGCCUGUGAUUAGCAUUAUUUAACACGACAUAAUCAUAAGGUGUUACAGUAUAUCCCAAAAAAAAGCUUUACAGGAACCCCCGUAAAGAACGCAGUUUGUAUAUCGUUUGCUCUGAAGACAAUAAGCAGACACUGGUGCUUAUAAUGUGUUUAUGAUCCCGUAUAAUGUGUUUUACAAGACAAAUGCUGGCAGGUGGACAUGAUCCAAUCGGACGGCUCGGUUCAACCAGCCCAUCGCCUGUAAUUAUAUCUGAAACUCCGUAGGUGUCAACUUAAUGACUUCAACAAGUUUAUUUCAUUAAAGUUUCCCCUAAAUCUGAAAAAUUUGACUUUACAUAUCUGUAACAAUGUUCUCUCUGUAGUGAGUUUCAGGUUUGUCAGUCCUAGGAUUUAGUUUUUAGCUUUUCACAAACUCGUGGCAGAGUCCUUCGUCCUGUUCUGGAAACUUUUCAUACAUUUCUUUUUUUUCUGUCACUAAUUUCUCUUGCUUAUAUUUACAAGUACGGCAGCUGAACAGUUAUUUUUAUUCUGAGUUUAUGCUCAAUCUGCCCUCGCUAAUAGCUGGUUCUGCAGCUUGGAUAUGUUUGUCAUGAUCUUUAUUUUUUAAAUGCUGUGUUCUACUUGGUGUAGAAGUAGCUUAUGUUGAGUAUUAAAAAAACAGUUAAAAAGUUUUUUUAAAUAAUGUCCAGUUUUCGUUAAUGUUUAAUUUCAGCACUACUGUUUUUUAUCGUCUUUAGUUUGUCAUCCUUUGAUUCUGUACUGAAUAGUUGUGAAGCAAGUACCUAAUUAUGUUGAAAUAUGUGAAAUUAAAAAAAAUAGAAAGAAAAAAAAGAUUGUGACCUCUGUUGAUAACCUGGUGUAUUAUGGAGGCUCAUUAUUUUUUUAAGUAUUAACAGGAAUCUGGUUGAAAUGUGGAUUUCAACAGACACAGUUUGCAGAAAACAUUGUAGUUUAACUGUUUCAAGAGGUAAUUACUUCUUUCCCUCUUUACCCUUUUUGUUUCUAAUCUGUUUACAAUGCAGCUUGCAUGGUAACAUAUCGCUUUUAGAAAUAUCUUUAUACAUUUUACACAAGGUUUUCUGGAUUUUUGAGUGGUAGUGAGUAUAUAGGACCAUUGCAAACAAAAUGUAUUCAUCAUUUAUACUUUAUAGAUUCAUUACUUACCUGCUGCACGUGUUGAUGCAAAUGGAAUUGUUUAGUCAAAACGGGCUCAGCGUGUUUUGAAAGACAGUGAGUUUUGUCCAUUUAGUCAAACGUCACUGAUGCAUGAUGGCUGAUGGUGGAUAUUUAUAUAUAACCAUCUUAUUUUUUUUAUCUUCCUGUAUCAUUUACCCGAAUAAAGUGAAUCCUGGUGGGACUUUGA